CAAAGAUUGUGUUGAACCAUCUGACAAUCACCUGAAUCUUUCGAUAUGAAGUCUUUGCUCUAUUCCCUCACUGUGCUGCUCCAAGUUGCUACGCACUUGGCAGUCGCAGCUCCGGUUGCAUCCCCGGAUACCGACCUCUCUCUGGAAGAGAGAAUGGAGAAGAAUCCACCACCUAAAAUUCCAGGGGUUCCAGGCAGUGCUGCCGCUGCUGCUGCCGCCGCCGCCGCUGCUGGUGGUACUGGAAAAGAUGCUGCUGCCGCCGCCGCCGCCGCCGCCGCCGCCGCCGGUGGAAGUAAGGAAGGAGGUGCCGCCGCCGCUGCUGCCGCUGCUGCAGCCAGCGCUGGUGGUAGUGGACCGAAUGUCGCUGCCGCCGCCGCUGCUGCCGCUGUAGCCUCCACUGGAGGUAAUGGAGGAGCUGUCGCCGCCGCUGCUGCUGCCGCUGCUUCCGCUGGAGGUAAUGGAGGAGCUGCUGCUGCCGCCGCUGCCGCCGCCGCCGCGUCUGCUGGUGGUAGUGGAGGUGAAGUUGUCACUGUCUCCGUUGCAGUUUCAGUUGCCACUGCUGGUGGUAGUGGACAGGCUGUUGCAGCAGCAGCAGCUGCUGCCGCUUCUGCAGCUGGUAGCGAAGGAAAUGCCGCUGCCGCUGCUGCCGCCGCCGCGGCUUCCGCUGGUAAAGGCGGAAAGGAAGUCGCCGCCGCCGCCGCUUCGGCCGCCGCUGGUAGCUCUAGCAACAAUGGCUCUGGCGGGGACCGCUGCAAGAUCACCAAGUCAUUCGACUACUACAAGCGCCCAACUAGGUUCAGCCGUCAUAUCGGCAAAGCUCAGCCUGGCGAUCAUUUUGAAGGUCUCUGCAAACACCAGGAUUGGUACCAUACUCCAAAGGGGUGGGCCAAGAAGCAGUUUAAGCCCAAUGGCUGCCCUGAGCCGAUUAAGCAAUGCUAAUGGCCUUCAAUCAUCCGUAUUGGGGGUAUCAGCCAAGGUCAUCCAAGCAUGCUCUUGAAGAAUGGCCUUGGUGGAUCAAUUUGGGCACACCUAGACCUGGAUUUGUCAGCCUAUAUGUGUGUAUAGUUAACUGUGUGAGUGUUCACGUACGUCAGUGUGUGCCUAUGCGUGGUGUGCGGUGCUUAGGUUGCUGUUCGGCCCGUGGCCGGACCAUCUUUUUCCCCGCUGGAAAACCUUUGCCAGACCCCCCUCCAACAGAGAUCUCUCCUUAUUCUUUUUUUGGCUGUAUACUGCUGGUUUGCAAAUGGAUCUUGCCCUCUUUCCUUGAAGAAGUCCAACUGCCUGAACCACUCUAUGACUCUGUUAUUUAAAACGCUCCUUUUGCCACUGUUAAUCUAGGGAGCUGAAUUCAUUUUCAUUCAUCUCAAG